AUGUUAGCAGUGUUAGUACGCCUAAAAAAAACUAAAAAGUGCGGAUUAUACACAGAAAUAGAAAAGAGACUGGGAAAAGGAGUGGAAGUGGCUGCAGUCAAGUGCAAAUUCUGCAGUUGCGAUAUCCUUAUUGCGAGGGGCAAAGGAGAAAUUAAAAAGCAUACCACCACUGCCAAACACAUAAAGUCAAUAUCAACCAUCAAAUCGCAACCAUCUGUGGCGUCAAUGUUUGGCAAAAAAUCCAAAAAUAUCGAUGAAAAGGCAAAAGAGGUUAAGGAGGCGACAGGGGCUGCCUUGUUUAAUUUGAUUGAGGAUUUUUUCAAAAAACAUAAAGUCGCUUAUGAAACAAAUCUUAUCGGAUUUGCUGCUGAUGGCGCAAACAAUAUGAUGGGGGCUAACAAUUCCUUAGCAAGUAGGCUUAAGGAAAAAUGUCCCAAUCUGUUUUUGAUGAAGUGCAUCUGCCACAGCUUUCAUCUUUGUGCAUCGUACGCAUGUGAAAAGCUGCCAAAUGAUGUUGAACAAUUAGCAAGAGAUGUGUAUAACUUUUUCUCAAACAGUCCAAAGAGAAUUGAUCAGUACAAAGAAUUUCAAGAGUUUGCAAAUGUGUUGCCUCACAAAAUCCUCCAUCCAUCACAAACGAGAUGGCUUUCCCUAGAAUUGGUUAUCAAAAGAUUGAUUUCACAAUAUAACGCCUUAACCCUUUAUUUUACGGAGCAACCUUAUGAAGGUGUGUUGCAAGCCGACAAUAUUUUAGAAAAACUUAAAAAACCAGAGACAAAACUAUACCUUGAUUUUUUGGCAUAUAUAUUACCUUUAUUUAACCGGCUAAACCUUUUAAUGCAGAGUGAGAAACCACAGCUACAUAAAGUAUAUGAAGAAGUGACAUGUGUGUUAAAAACCAUAAUGGACUGUUUUAUUAAACGAGAUAUUUUAGAGAACAUCAUGGUGUAUGAAAUUGAUUAUAAAAAUCCGAGAAAUUUUUUAACAAUUGAUGAUAUAUACUUUGGUGCAUCAAUUAAUGUAAGUAAAAUUGACAAAAACAUUUUAUAUUCUGUCAAAGUGAAAUGCUUGGAUUUUUAUGUUGAAAGUACAAAGCAAAUAUUGCUCAGAUUUCCCUUAAAGAAUUCUGUAAUAGAAAAAUUUAAGUUUCUGGAUCCCAUUUGUGUGAAAUCCAAAGAGAAGAACACUAUUUCUGAUGUGGCGUCGUUUUUUCCAAAUUUAAUUCAUCCUGAUGAAAUUCAGGAACUAGAUAAUGAAUGGAGAUUUCUAAAAAAUUACCCUCUGGAUGACACUGAGAAUGAUAUUUUAAAAUUUUGGAGCGAAAUUGCCCAAGUAAAGAUAGGAGAUUCUCUAAAAUUUCCUAUUUUAACUAAGUUUGUUUUUCAAAUUAUGUGUUUGCCUCAUUCGAGUGCGGCUGUAGAGAGAAUAUUUUCCCAAAUUAAUCUGAUUAAAACACAGUUUCGCAAUAAGUUAAAAACAAAUACAAUAGAAGGUCUUUUACAUACAAAAAGUUUUAUGGAAAAUAAAACAUGUUACGAUUUUACUUUAAACAAAAAUAUUAGCAGAAAACUCGGCAAUAGCAGCCUAUUAUAUUUAGCGGAACAUGAAAAUAAAGACUCUAGCGACUCAGAGUCUUCGUAA